AUGAUUAGUCAAACAAUCUUAAAAAUUCUAAAUACGAACAAUAUAAAUCUUGCUGAAAGUGCCACACAAUUAGAAAAAGCAGGUUGAAUAAUUUUUAAUAUAGUAUAGGUAUUCAAAACGUUUUUAAUUAUUUAUCUAAAUCAGAUGUGACAAAAAUAGUGUUUCCAGAGUAAGUUAUAAAAUUACUUUGUGUAUUUCACUUCAUGAUACAAAAAAAAAGUCUUGAUGUUUAAGUAUUUUAAGAAUGUAAUAUAUAUUGGAUUACAAAUGUCUUGAAUAAUAGUUUUAUAAUGGAAAGGUUGUCAACGGAAAUGAGUUCUUCUAGCACUUUUGCAAGAAGUAGUUAAUUUUCAUCUUUGAGAUCUUCUCAGUAAUAGGGAGAUAUAAAUCAUCCACAUUUUUAAACAGAGUCAAAAUAGUAAAAAGUACAUACAAAGAGAAUGGAUUGUUUUUAAAGUUAUUCAGAGAAAUAAAAAACAGAGAGACACAUAAUAAGAGAACCUUUGUCAUAUCAAUCUAUGUUAUAAUUGUAUUACACAUAUUUGAAAAGAGUAUGCCACUAUUCUUCAAGUGGAAUUCCUAUAAUUGAAUUAUAUGUAAUAUAAAACAUUUGUUCUAUGGGAUUAAGAAUAAUUGAAGGUUAGAAAUGUCCAAAAUUAGAUUAUUGUUUUUCACUUAUAUUGAAAGAUCUUGAAUAAUUUUAAAGUUAAUAAAUAGACUAUUUGAAAGAAUUGAUAGUAGAUUUAAACAAUAAGAAUAAUGAAUAGAGAUUUGAUUUAUUUGAGAUUUAUAAAUUGGUGUGUUUGAAUGGAAAGUAAAUUAAAUUUUUUGGAAUGUUAAAUAAAUUAACCAUCAAUCAAUAAAAGUUAAAAAACUUUAAAAAGGAAUGUAAAGAAUUUGUGAUAGAAUGUAAACAACAUUUAAGGAAGGUGAAACUUCAGUAAAAUUAGGAAAGAUUGAGUGUAUCAGAAUUUAAAACGAAUAAUUUCUUUGAAUAUGAAAGAAAAUAAGUGUACAACAAUUAUUGA